AUGAAAACUUUAAUUUUAAUUAUUGAAUAUUUAUUUAUAAUCUUACCUGUUCUUAUAGGUGUUGCUUAUAUGACAUUAGUUGAACGUGAAAUUUUAGGUAGUAUUCAACGUAGAAAAGGUCCAAAUGUAGUUGGUGUUUCUGGUUUUUUACAACCUUUAGCUGAUGGUUUAAAAUUAAUGUUAAAAGAAAUUAUUUUACCUACUAAUGUUAAUACUUUUUUAUUUAUAUUAGCUCCAGUUAUUACUUUUGUAGGUACUAUGAUGUAUUGGGCAAUUUUACCAUUAUCAAAAGGUAUAACUUAUACUGAUUUUAAUGUAGGUGUUUUAUAUUUUUAUGCUAUUUCUUCUGUAGCUAUUUAUGGUAUUAUUAUUUCUGGUUGGGCAAGUAAUACUAAAUAUCCUUUUAUGGGUUCUAUGCGUUCUGCUGCGCAAAUGAUAUCUUAUGAAUUAUCUAUUGGUACUAUUUUUGCAAUAAUAUUUUUAUGUACAGGUUCUUUAAAUUUUACUAAAAUAAUAUUAGCUCAAAAAUAUAUUUGGUUCUGUAUUCCAUUAUUCCCAUUAUUUAUUAUUUUUUUAAUUGCAUUAUUAGCUGAAUGUAACAGACAUCCUUUUGAUUUACCUGAAGCAGAAGGUGAAUUAGUUUCUGGUUUUAAUACUGAAUAUUCUGCUAUGGGUUUUGCUUUAUUCUUUAUAGGUGAAUAUGGUAAUAUUAUCGUAAUGAGUACUGUUAUUAGUAUUUUAUUCUGUGGUGGUUGGUUACCUUUAUUUAAUUUAACUUUUAUUCCAGGUGUUAUAUGGUUAAGUUUAAAAAUUUGUGUUUUUAUUUCUUUCUAUGUAAUAGUUCGUGGUGCUUAUGUUAGAUUCCGUUAUGAUCAAUUAAUGAGAAUUGGUUGGAAAUCUUUAUUGCCUUUAUGCUUUGGUUGGUUUAUAUUUAUAGCUGGCCUUUUAAUUACAUUUAAUUGUUUACCUAAUACAUUAUGUUUUUAA